AUGUCUGCCUCUUCCGACAAGAAACUCUUCACUCCCAUCACUUUGGGUGUCGCCGCUUCCAAAUUGGAAUCCUUCAAACUUCCUCGCAUCACUCUUUCACACCGAGUGGUCAUGGCUCCUCUCACUCGAUGCCGUGCCUUGAAUGGUGAUUGUGAGCAUACCGAUUUGGGAGCCGAGUAUUACUCUCAAAGAACCUCUCCAGGUGGAUUAAUUAUUGCAGAAGCGACUCAAAUUACACCACAAGGUCAAGGAUAUCCCUGCACUCCAGGUAUUUAUUCACAAGCACAAAUUGAGGCAUGGAAAAAGAUUACGGACAGUGUUCACAAGAAGGGAGGUUUCAUCUUUUUGCAAUUGUGGCAUGUGGGAAGACAACGAUAUGCCAAUAGUGUGUCUUCUUCAGCAGUUGGAAUUAAAAACGCCAAAUCGUACAAUUGGGAAACUGGUGAAAGUGUGAUUCCAGAAACUCCAAAGAGUUUGACUGUGGAGGAAAUUAAGGAAAUUAUUAAGCAAUACAAGCAAGCAGCGAUUAAUGCAAAAUUGGCUGGAUUUGAUGGUGUCGAAUUGCAUGCAGCCAAUGGUUAUCUUGUCGAUCAAUUCUUACAAGAUGGCGUCAAUAAGCGUACCGAUCAAUACGGUGGUAGCAUUGAAAAUCGUUUACGUUUCAUGCUUGAAGCCAUUCAAGCCGUCAUUGAAGGUUUCGAUGGAGAAUCUCAUCGCGUCGGAAUUCGUCUCUCACCCAGUGGAAACUUUUUAGAAAUUUCCGAUUCAAAUCCAAGCGCUCUCUUCACUGCUGCUGUGAAAGCUUUGGAUGCAUACGAAUUGGCUUACAUUCACAUUGUUGAGCCACGUGUGGAGGGUGGAGCUCUCAAUGACAAUGGUGAAGCUGAGAAAAUACCAAUUAUGGCCACUCGUGAUUUGAAACCUCUGACAAGAAGUCCAGUAAUUUCUGCAGGUGGAUUUAAUGCACAGACAGCAUUGGAAGCUGUUGAGGAAGGAGUGACAGAUAUGGUUGCCUUUGGAAGAUACUUUAUUUCAACUCCAGAUCUACCUGAGAGAAUUAAGAGAGGAGUUCCAUUUAACAAGUAUGAUCGAUCGACUUUUUAUGGAUCAAGUGAUGUGAAAACUGGAUACACAGAUUAUCCAUUUUAUACUUUUUAA